AUGAAACGCAGGUGGUCCAACAAUGGGGGCUUCACCGCGCUGCGGAUGCUGGACGAGAGCAGCUCGGAGGUGACGUCAUCGUCGGCGGCCCUGGUCAUGUCGCCCGGCAUGACCAUGUCCCCGACGUCGCUCGGGUCGCCCGAGUACAACGACCUGGAGCUGUGGGGUGCGUACGACGAGAACGCCUACAACGGCCACAGUGUCCUGUCGAACGGGAACAAUAAUCUGGUGGCCGGCGUGGUCGGCCCCGGCGGCGGGGCCGGUGGGUGCGGGGUGGCGGCCGUGGCCACCGCCAAUCAGCUGCUGAUGAACGGGAUCAUGCACGGCACCAACAACCUGAACGGUAUGAUGAAUGGGAUCGGCCUUGGACCUGGUGGCGUCAUUGGUGGUGGCCCGGGCGGCGGUCCAGGCAUCGGGAACGGCAUCGUGGGGGUCGGGGGUGGUGGUGCUGGUCCCGGUGGAGGUGGUGGGAUUGGCGGAGCGGGCGCCGGCAAUACGAUCAUGAACACGCCGCGCAGUGAAUCGGUCAACUCCAUCUCGUCAGGACGAGAAGACCUGUCGCCCUCGAGCAGUCUCAACGGCUACACACCGGACGGGAGCGAGGCGAAGAAGCAGAAGAAGGGACCCGCCCCGCGCCAGCAGGAGGAACUGUGUCUGGUGUGCGGCGAUCGAGCCUCCGGCUACCACUACAACGCGCUCACCUGCGAAGGCUGCAAAGGAUUCUUCCGACGAAGCGUCACGAAGAAUGCGGUCUACUGUUGCAAGUUUGGGCACGCGUGCGAGAUGGACAUGUACAUGCGGCGCAAGUGCCAGGAGUGUCGGCUGAAGAAGUGCCUGGCGGUCGGUAUGCGGCCGGAGUGCGUCGUGCCCGAGAACCAGUGCGCCAUCAAGCGGAAGGAGAAGAAGGCGCAGAAGGAGAAGGACAAGGUACAAACGAACUCCUCCACCGUCAGUACAACGAACAGCGCCAACUACAAGGCCGAGCUGUUGCCGGUGCUGAUGAAGUGCGAAUCGCCGCCCACCGCAGCUAUACCGCUACUGCCGGAGAAACUGCUAAACGAAAACCGACAAAGAAACAUACCUCUACUGACGGCCAACCAGAUGGCCGUCAUCUACAAACUGAUCUGGUACCAGGAUGGCUACGAGCAACCGUCGGAGGAAGAUCUCAAGAGGAUAAUGAUCAACUCGCCCAACGAAGAGGAAGAUCCACACGAAAUCCAUUUCCGGCACAUAACGGAAAUCACCAUUCUCACAGUACAACUGAUCGUCGAGUUCGCGAAAGGACUGCCAGCAUUUACCAAGAUCCCCCAGGAGGAUCAAAUUACGUUACUAAAGGCCUGCUCCAGUGAGGUGAUGAUGCUGCGGAUGGCGCGCCGGUACGACGCCGAAACCGACUCGAUUCUGUUCGCCAACAAUCGCUCGUACACGCGCGACUCGUACAAGAUGGCCGGCAUGGCGGACACGAUCGAGGAUCUGCUGCACUUCUGCCGCCAGAUGUACUCGCUGACGGUCGACAACGUCGAGUACGCGCUGCUCACCGCCAUCGUCAUCUUCUCCGACCGGCCCGGCCUCGAGAAGGCGGAGCUGGUGGAAACGAUCCAAAGCUACUACAUCGACACGCUGCGCGUCUACAUCCUCAACCGGCACGGGGGCGAUCCGAAGUGUAGCGUCACGUUCGCCAAGCUGCUGUCCAUCCUGACCGAGCUGCGCACGCUCGGCAACCAGAACUCGGAGAUGUGCUUCUCGCUCAAGCUGAAGAACCGGAAGCUGCCCCGCUUCCUGGAGGAAAUCUGGGACGUGCAGGACAUCCCGCCGGUCGGUGUGCAGCAGCGGCACCAGCAGCAAGAGAUUGUCGUCCAACAGCAGCCGCCGCCCCAGCAUCACGGGCUGCAGCACCAUGCGGAUGUUAGCAGCGCGAACGCCGGUUCCACUUCGGCAGCGAGCAUUGUCGUGGUUGCGAACAACCCGAACGCACCGCUUGGAAUGGUGGUCGGUCAGCAGCAGUCGAGUCAGCAGCAGCAACAGCUACACAGCAACGGUACCGCGAUGAUCGUUGGCAAUGGGAGCAGUAACACGAGCAGCAGCAGCAGUAGUAGUAGCAGUAGCAGUAGCAGUAGCAGUAGCAGCAGUAGUAGCAGUAGUAGCAGUAGCAGUCAAAAUGGCGGCAACACCAGCAACGGUGGGCUGCUGUCGGGCGUCGGUUUGCUCGAUCAGCCGGUAUAG